AUGAGUUUGUCUGCUAGUGAGAAGGCUGCUCUGAUUUCCCUGAUGGGCAAAAUGUCCUCUCAGGCCAGUGCUCUGGGUGCUGAGGCUUUGACCAGGCUCUUCCUUAGCUUCCCCCAAACCAAGACCUAUUUCCCCCACUUUGAUCUGACCCCUGGCUCUGCUGACCUCAAGACACAUGGUGGGAAGAUUGUGAAUGCUCUUGCAAGUGCAGCCAAUCACCUGGAUGACCUUGCUGGCAACCUGUCCUCCCUCAGUGACCUUCAUGCAUACAACCUAAGAGUGGAUCCAGGAAACUUUGCUGUAAGUACUACUGAAAAUUCCUAUAAAAUAAUAAGAUAA